CGUAGAACUAAUUAACUACCUAAUUGAUUGACACGUAAGCAAAGAGUAUUUUUUAAUUAUUACAAAAUUGAGAUUACAUUUUUUCAAAUGUUUCUCAAUUAAUAUAUAUGAGAUACGUAGAAAGAAAUUCACAUAUUUGAGGUGUCAAGUGACCACUAGAUUAUAGUUGGGCCCGUCCGUUGUAAGUUAUCUUGGAAAUUGAUAGUAAGUUUAAAGGUUUUUGUGCUCUGUUGCUUUAUAAAAGAGCAAACCCAUGUCCGAGAAAAAAAAAGUAAAACCCUAAUCCCAUUGAAACAGAGAAAGAGGAAGAUGGUUUUCUUGCCAGAUGAUCUGUGUGCAACAAUAUUAUCGAGACUACCGAUAAAAGUCUUCACAAGUUUUAAACUGGUUUGCAAGCAAUGGAACUCAGUUGUUGACUCUCCGAUUUUCCGCGAACUUUUCAUAGCUCAACACCAAAACACUCAAUCUUCUUCAUGGUCGCUCAUCAUGGGUGCAGUUGAUAGGGUAGAGUUCUUGGCUCACUACAGAUGCAACACUUGGGGACUUCAACGGUCUCUAGACUCCUACAUCUCCUCUUUCAUUGCCUACAAGUUCGAGAACCAGAGACACAAUUACCGACGAGGCAGCGUCGUGGCAUACAGCGAUGCAGGGUUUGUUUUGAUCGAUGUAUCAUCUUACAGCGAUGCUGGGUCAACUUUCGAGAAACGAUCCUUGUGUGUGGCUAAUCCAGUUUCACAGGAAUGCAUUGAAAUUGAUGCUCCUAAAGCGUUUGAAAAUAGUGGAAUUUUCUGGCCUUUAGGAAUCGCCACACGAACUAAUAACGGCGUCGUUACAAGUUAUAAAAUUGUUGCGUUUUCAUCUGAGAUAUACGUUGAGAACUUAGGUUUGAUGAUAUAUUCAUCUGAGACAGGUUUGUGGAGUCGCAAAUUGCAUCUCCCUUCUAAGUCUGAGAGUUGUCCCUAUACAAUUAGCUUGAACGGAAAUCUUCACUGGCUAUCCCGGAAUAAUGAUGAAGUUGUAUCUAUGGAUUUCAACACCACUAACAUGGCAUCUGGUCCAUUCCGUUACACGGCUUUCCCUGAUUUAGAAAAACGUGUCAAAUUCACAAGAGCUUGCACAACUUAUCAAGGAAGUCUCAUGUAUAUGAACAUAGUCUCUCAAGUUGGAAGUGUAGAUCAUAAGUUAUGUGUAUGGCGGCUCAAGAGCUGGGAAUGGCAACUAAUAUCUAAAAUCUCUACGGCUUUGACUGAGAUCAAAUUCGAUUAUAUUCCGUUGAGAAUUAACCCUUGUGAUGCUACAACAGCCUACUUUCUCAGCCAGAAGCACCAACGUUUGAUAGCUAUUAACUUACGCAAUGGUGAGCGUAUGCUCCAAAGGGAGUUGGAACGUCGCAGCGGUGGGCGCAUUCUGAGAUCUCUUCACUACCCGCAAGGUUCUUAUUUUUACUCAUUCGUUCUCCCACAGUGGCUGUAUCGGUUACCCAGGCAGCACGGUGAGAAGAGUAUUUUACUGACAUAAAGACAUGAAGACAUGAAAGGAGAAUAAAGAAGAGAAGUAUCUGGGCGAGUUUAAACUAGUACAAGACUUGAAGAAAGAGUAUACAAGACUUGAGAAGUAAGCACAAGACUUGAGAAGUAAGUCUGUCCAGACUUGAGAAGUAAGUGUUCAAACUUGUCAUCAGAAGUCAAAGGAGAAAUCUGAGGCAAGAAGGAUAUUUAAGUAGAAGAGUCACAUGUUCUACUUAAGGGAUGGUGGCCUAGUUACCGUUAAUGAACUGUCACUAUUUCUCGGCCAGUCCAACAUAAUUUAUUCUAUUCUUCUUGUCUGUAUACUCCUUGUUGAGUAUUUAAAUAGUGUAUGCUACACAUCUGAAUGAACUAAGAAAAAAAAUCCUUCUUUACUCUAUCUCUCUUACUCUUGAUUUCUCUUCUCACUCUCUCUCUUGUUCUUCACUUUGUUUUUCAUUAACUUUCAUGGUAUCAGAGCUUUAAGCUCCUGAUUACCUCAAUUACUUCCGCAAGCUUACUCUAUUUCUCUUUGUUUCUUGAUUCUCUGGUUUUUAUUUCACAAAUUUCUCUACAGAUUUCUUUAAUCCAGUGGAUAAGAAAUUUGAGUUCUUGAGUGUUCUUGAGUAUUUUCUUCAAAUUUCUUGGCUGUGCUCGCUCUGUUCUGUCUCUAAUCUUAUUUCAUUGAGAGAAAUGGAGCAGUACAGAGCAAUUCACAUUCCAGUCACACUCAAGGGACCAGGAGACUCUAUUACCUGGUCUAGGAUGGCCAGGACAGCCCUUGG